AGUGUUGACUUGUUUUGACUAUGAACAGUCUGGACAACAAUUUGGGUGAUAACGGUUUAAAUGGCUACAGUAGAGCUUAAUUAUAACGUGAAGAUGCCACACAGAUGAUGCGAACUUUGACAUUAUCUUCGCGGUUAUGAUAUUAUGGAGGAAAUAUGCGACCUAAUCUAGGGUCACAAUGAAGUCGAACCAGGUUUUGCCUCUACAUGUGUUGUGUAAGAAAUUACUGAAAAUGGCUUUUUUGGGCACAGGCACACUAAAAAGCCUAAUAAAAUCACAGUGUUUCCGCUGGCUAAGUCUACUUAGCUUAAGUCUUACUUUGUUGUUUUGGAUCAGACAAAUGGUUAAACGGGACAUUCAUGUUGCUUUGCACAUCACAAGACCCAGUGGUUAUGCUCGAAUUUCAGAUAGGAGGAUGGACCAGUACCUGGACAUACACUGCAACUACUGUGCCUUAGUCUCUAGCUCAGGCCAGAUGCUUGGAGCUGCUGUUGGAGAUGAAAUUGAUAUUAAUGAAUGUGUGAUUAGAAUGAACAACGCCCCCACAGUAGGGUAUGAGAAGGAUGUCGGUAGUCGCACUACGCUGCGAGUUGUGUCUCAUACAAGUGCACCCUUAUUGAUUAAAAAUGAGCACUACUACUUUAACGAAUCUGCCAAUACUACUUACGUAUUUUGGGGGCCUGAAAGGAACAUGAGACAAGAUGGGAAAGGAAGAGUUUUUAAUGCUCUUUUGAAAAUGGUAAAGAAAUAUCCAGAAGCCAAAUUGUAUGCAGUGACAAAAGAGAAGAUACAGUAUUGUGACAACGUGUUUCAAAAUGAGACGGGAAAAAACAGAAUGAAGACUGGGGCUUUUUUGAGCACAGGGUUUUUUACAAUGAUUCUUGCUUUGGAUAUAUGUGAUAGCAUUAAUGUGUAUGGAAUGAUUGAUAAUAACUACUGCAGUCGAGCCAAUCACAGUGUUGUUCCAUACCAUUACUAUGAGAGCAAACUGAUCAAUGAGUGCCGUAUGUACAAUGUCCAUGAGAACACCAAACGAGGAGGACAUCGCUUCAUCACUGAAAAAGCCAUCUAUGCCAAAUGGGCAACACGUCACAAGAUGCAGUUUAAACAUCCAUCGUGGAGGCUGUAAAGCAGAUGAUUGCAGAUCUGUGAUUGUAUUCCGAACUCUGAACCAAUGCUUAUUGCACCAUAAUAAUAAGCACAUAUAUUGCACUAAUAUUUUAAGGAUGCUUACAUUUAUAAACUAUUUAAUUUAGCUAACCUUAUCUUCAAAGACACAUUGAAAACUGUGUGGCACAUCUAAUGUGUUCUUUCUGCUGCCCCUGUUUGUAUUAAUUAUUAUAUUAUUAUCAAUUAAUAUCUGCCUUUAACAACUCUGAAGGGCUAAUGGCAAUGAUUGGUCAUAUUAAUAUGUACAGUAUUGUUAAUUUAUUUGGAUUUAAUUUGCUGUCAGUAACCAACUGACUACUCUUUAAGUCCUUGUAAGUACAUGCAAAGCAGGCUUACGUAACCAACGUUAUUUGUUAAUUGUAACCUAUACACGGUAUUACAACUGAAAUGUAAAUGUAAAGAAAAAUUGAUGAAAAUGAAUGUUCUUUUAAUUAUUUUUGUAUUAUCCAGACACUGUAUUGUAUUUUUAUGUUGCCAUUUACACAAGGUAUACAGGAAUAAAUGGUGUUU